AUGUCUACAACCGUUUCCGAUGACAAUAGUACCAAUGGAGAAUCACAACAACAACAAACCCCUGUAAAUUCUAGUCGUUCUUCAACCAUCCAUCUGUUUGCGGGAGGACUCGCUGGUACGUUCGGAGCGGUAUUGACAUGUCCAUUAGAAGUAAUCAAAACACGUUAUCAAUCGUCGAGAAAUUCUUUUUCAAAAGGGCCCAACCAUCUGGACUUGAGUUCAUCUAUGAGCAAUACUCUAGUACAUAAUGAUCGUCCAAACGCGUUCGUUGUAACUAAACGUCCAAGUAUCAUAAAAGCGUUCCGAUAUAUUCUGAGAUAUGAAGGUAUUCCAGGACUAUUCAAAGGUCUAGUACCGAAUUUAGUUGGUGUUGCGCCAUCCCGAGCAAUUUACUUUUUUGCCUAUGCAAACACAAAAUCACUACUAGUCGAAUCGAUGGAACGAGAAACACCACUAGUACACGUGUUAUCAGCUGCAACUGCAGGUAUUGCCAUGUCGACAUGUACGAAUCCAUUAUGGUUUGUUAAAACUCGUCUUCAACUUGAUCAAGGAAACCUUCGCGCUAUGGAUGUGGUUCGAAACAUCUAUCGUGCUAAUGGUAUCCGAGGAUUCUAUAAAGGUAUCACGGCAUCGUACGUCGGCGUAUCGGAAACGAUCGUUCAUUUCGUCAUAUAUGAACAAAUAAAAGCUCAACUUCAACUGAGCCAAUUGAAUCAAAAUCAUUCGCCGGACGACCCUGGUUUCUUCAAUUUUAUAUCCUAUCUUGGUGCUGCUGCUUGUUCCAAAUCCUGUGCUAGUACUCUAUGUUAUCCUCAUGAAGUUAUUCGAACACGGUUAAGAGAAGAAGGUACUAAGUAUCGUACAUUUCUUCAAACAUUUAAAACUGUGCUCAAAGAAGAAAGCAUAUCAGGACUCUAUCGAGGUUUAUUAACGCAUCUCAUACGACAAAUUCCAAAUACAGCAAUUAUGAUGAGCACAUAUGAAAUAGUUAUCGCUUUGUUCUCAGCACCACCUCCAUCGUCUUCGACAAUCGAAGUGACAACUGUGCAAACGAAGAAAGUUUUGCUAAAUGAGGCCGAUUCAGAAGCCAACGCUUCGAAUCAAUCAGAAAUAUGA